AUGCGUGCAGAUGGGGCCAAGGAUCGGAGCCAAGAACGGGCUCAUUUCCACAUUUUGGAUUGGAGCACCCACGCGUCUUUGACCGCUCGUGGCUUAGAUGCCUACACGCGGUCAGCUUCUCCAUCCAACAUCAUGGCGAACAGCACCACCGUCGCCGCCGCCGCUGCCACCGCAGCCGGCAACAGAGCUACCCCACAAGGAGGUAUCCUCGAGGGGGGUAAUCCCACUCACUAUGACACAAAAAACCCCAUUGUUGUGUUUAUCAUUCAGGCUGUCAUCAUUAUCGUCCUUUGUCGCCUCAUCCACUGGCCACUUUCCAAGAUCCGCCAACCGCGAGUCAUCGCCGAGGUCAUCGGUGGGAUUAUUCUAGGUCCCUCUGUUAUGGGCCACAUCCCCGGAUUCACCGAAGCUAUCUUCCCCACUGCCAGUAUCCCCAACCUCAAUGUCGUCGCCAACUUGGGCCUGAUCUUGUUCCUCUUCCUCGUGGGCUUGGAGACCGAUAUCCACUUCCUCGUCAGUAACUGGCGCACCGCCGUCAGUGUCUCGGCAGCUGGCAUGAUCCUACCGUUCGGUCUGGGCUGUGCUAUCUCCUACGGCCUAUAUCACGAGUUUCAGGAAGACCCUGGCACCGUCCCGAUCAAGUUCGGCACCUAUCUCCUCUUUAUCGGUAUCGCCAUGGCCAUCACGGCCUUCCCUGUUCUCUGCCGUAUCCUGACCGAACUGAAGCUUCUCGGUACCCGAGUUGGUGUCAUCACUCUAUCUGCUGGUGUUGGAAAUGAUAUUGUCGGGUGGGUCCUUCUGGCCCUGUGCGUGGCUUUGGUGAAUGCAGGUUCUGGGCUCACAGCACUGUACGUUCUUCUCGUUUGUGUGGGAUACAUGCUUUUCUUGAUCUAUGGCUUCCGCCCAGUCUUCCUGCGCUUCCUCCGACGUACUGGCAGCCUGCAGAAAGGGCCCAGUCAAUCCGUUGUCACUCUGACUCUGCUCAUUGCCCUGGCAUCUGCGUUUUUCACUCAGGUCAUCGGUGUGCAUGCCAUUUUUGGCGGCUUCGUUAUCGGCUUGAUGUGCCCUCACGAGGGCGGUUUCGCCAUCAAGCUGACAGAAAAGAUCGAGGAUUUGGUAACAGCGCUGUUCCUGCCACUCUAUUUCACACUUUCCGGUCUCAGCACGGAUCUCGGGUUGCUGAAUAGUGGGAUCGUAUGGGGUUAUGUCGUUGGUGUCAUCGUCAUUGCAUUCACGGCCAAGGUGGCUGGAGGCACACUGGCAUCCCGCUGGACUGGCCUUUUGUGGAGAGAGAGCUUCUCCAUCGGUGUGCUCAUGAGUUGCAAAGGCUUGGUCGAAUUGAUCGUGCUGAAUAUUGGUCUUCAGGCAAAGAUUCUAAGUACUCGUACUUUCACUAUUUUUGUCGUCAUGGCUUUAGUCACAACCUUCUUGACUACGCCUCUGACCACCGCCCUAUACCCCGAUUGGUAUCAGACUAAGGUCGAGCGCUGGCGCCGAGGAGAGAUCGAUUGGGAUGGUAACCCUUUGCAGCAAGAUCGCCGCUCUGACAGUGUCACUGCUGUCAAGGACCAGCUCAAAACUGUUCCAGUCCGCAAGCUUCUCGCCUAUCUUCGUCUUGACGUCCCAAUCGUGGAUCCGCGCUGGCAACCCCCCCGCAUCCACCCUUCCAAGGAACCAAAGCAAACCGACGAGGGCAUUGAGGACGCCAUCUCGACGGAUCAAGAUGAAACCGCACUUCGGGUUCAUGGCGUCCGGCUCAUGGAGCUGACUGACCGUGACUCCAGUGUCAUGAGGGUGUCCGCUGGUGAGCAGGCUCUCUGGGACCCGGUUGUCAACACAUUCCGUGCCUUUGGAGAAUGGCAUGACAUUGCUCUCAUGGCGGGCGUUUCGGUCGUACCAGAGCACAGCUAUGCUGAUACCGUUGUCAACAUGGCUAGUCAGGAAACGACGGACCUACUUCUGCUCCCUUGGAGCGAAACGGGCACUCUGACUGAUCGUCACAAUGGGUUGGAAGUUGAUACCGCCAGUCGCUUUGACAAUGGAUCAUACACCGAUUUCGUCACUAGUGUUCUCCAGCGAGUCCCCGGCCAUGUUGGUAUUUUCAUCGAACAUAACCCCGAGUCACGCUCCCCCAAGCGACCCACUCCACCCCACCCUUCAGCCAGCGGAAUGAGCAUCCAAUCUGUAUGGUCGCGCAGGGUCUCUGGCGACCGCUCUCACCACAUUGUUCUUCCAUUCCUUGGAGGCGAAGACGACCGCUUUGCCCUCCGCUUCGUACUACAGUUAGCGCAGAACGACCAGGUCACGGCUACUAUAAUUCAAGUCCCUGGCUUACAGUCCCCCGCACCCAGUUCCAAGAAUGCAUCCAUGACCAGGGAUAGCCAGUCUGACCUUGUCUUCUUCGAAUCCCUUCGUGAUUCUAUCCCCGAGGAACUGAAGGAACGUGUCGUCUUCCAACAAUCCACCGCGCGGGAAACUAUUACCGAUCCCACCCAACUAGCUCUCUCUGCCGUGCGGAGUGAGUUGGAUGAUAACAUCUCCGGAAAGUCGGGCAGCAUCGUCGUCGUCGGUCGCAACCGCACUCUGGCCGAGAACGGUGCGUCAAUUGAUGACAGCAUUGGGACCGAUACGUACUAUGCCCUUGGUGCGGUUGCUUCCACCAUGGUUGAUCCGCAGAAUAAGGUCUUUGGCAGUGUUCUUGUGCUACAGGCUAGCACCAGCAUGGACGAGGAUGACGACGUUGAUGACGAGGAGUUGGUGGAGGAUUCCGUUUGGUCGGCCCUCUGGACGCAGCUUGAGGAGUUUCACGGUCUCCCAGACGUAGAUGCCCGAAAUGAUGAGUUCCUGGAGACAGAAGCCGACCAGUUGAAUUCUUUCCAUGACAUUGUAGCCGCUCCCCCAGGGGCCAACAGGGGAGGCCACAUUUCCGUAGAGCAAAACCGUUGUGGGGACGUGGAAGAUGAUGGCAUCGAUGAUGAUCAUCCAUAG